UCUUUGUCAAGCUCAUAUGAGUACCUUUCAUACUCAAUAAUUCUUGUGUGUAUAUAAAUCUUAAAGUUAUUACAUUUUAUAUUGUGCUCUUCUUUUUCCUUGGCCAUAAACACAAUUUUCAUGCAACUAAAAAAACUAAAACCCUAAACACAAAUAAAAUCAACCAUGAAGGUAAAAACACCAAGUUUGUUAAAGAAAAUAAUAAAUGCAUUAUCAAGCAAAACAAAUGAGCUAAGAAUACGUAUGAUGAUAUUUUUUCUCCUACACAAAAACCUUGAUAAAACUUCCUUAACAAAUUCUCUUCAUGCCCUUGUUUCACACCAUCCUAAGAAAAAGAAUGAUAACAUUGUCUAUGAUGAACAACAACAACUAGUCCUUCAAAAUCGACACGAAAUCGAACCAGACGAAGAGAGUACGAGUUUGUGGAUGAGCUAUAAUAAAGCUACAACCUUACAAUAUGAUCAUGAUGACAAACAAAUGAUACUGGCGCCGGAUUUGACGCACUCACUUUUUAGAGAGUCCGAGGCGGAGAUGGAGAUGGAGACGGAGGUGGAGGGUGGUGAGAGUAAUAGAUUGUCGAUCGAGGCGGAGGAGAAGGUGGUGGAAGAGGAGGAUAUCGAUCAAGCGGCGGAUUUGUUCAUACAAAGAUUUAAAAGGGAAAUGUUGCUUCAAAAACAACGUUCCCUUGAUAGGCACCAAACGUUACUUUUGUCUAAUGCUUAAAAUCGUAAGCUUUUCUAAAGAAAUAUUGCAAUUUUAAUAUAAUAUAUAAAUUAUUAAUUGGUCAUAGAAUAUAUAACAUCGAAAUUAUUGGGUUUCAAUAAUAUUAUACUUCGAUGUUAUAUAUUAUAUACUUUAUCGAUCAGUACAUUGUCAACUUCAAUGUUGAAGGAAUACAUGACAAUAUAAGAUGAGAAUGUGUGUUGUAUUAUAAUUUUUUUUAUAAGCAUAAAUGACACACUACUACUAUUCCUAUGUUAUUUUUUCUUUUUUGAGACUUGUUGAUGUUAUCAAAAGUGUAAACUUAAGGUGAAUAUGUUUAUUGUUUGAGUUAAAUAGCCUAAUAAUAGAAAUAUUUAAUUUAUAGGCUUCUUAUUUUGAAGUCUUCUUACCGUGAGAUGGUCUCAUACAAAAAGGGCUCUAUAUUCUAUUAGAAGUAUAUAAUAUGAAGUAUUUUUUAAAAUAAUUGGUUUAUUAUGAUUAAGGUAUUUUACCCCUUGUAUCGAAAAAUUAGUGAAAUUAUGAUAAUUUCUUUAUUUUUUUUUUCUAAGGCUUGUAAAUAUGGUAAGAAAUGUAAUAAUUGAAAUAGUAAUAAUGUUAAUAUAUAUUCAAAUGCUU